CACGCGCGCGAGCCACAGACCGAAAAAGACACACACAAACCGCUUGUGCGACACCACAUCAACAUCAUUACGGCAGUUUUCGUUACGUUUCAUUGCGCGCACCACACGUCGCUGUCUUAUCACUGGAUACACGCGACACACGUGUAUAUUGUUAUGGUUUUUUUUGUUUUCCAACUUUGUUUCAAUAAAACAUAAAAAGGAGUAUUCGACUUCGCCACGCUGCCUACUAAGGAAAUUGUUUAAUACGUUUUUUUUAAAAUGCUGCAAGACGAAGAAUCGACUGAUGUGAUGGACUUGGACGAGAUUCUUGGUAAUUUCGGACUGGGUAGAUAUCAAGUGACAGUAUGUGCACUAAUGGGCUUAGUACUUAUGUAUUCAAACAUAUCACCUCUAAGUUAUGCUAUAACUGCUAGCGAUCUCAAAUACAGAUGUGAAAUCCCUCAAUGUGAUCAUGGCGAUACAACAUACAAACCUGAUUGGUUACGAAAUGCAGUUCCUUUCAAGGAUAACAUGGACGAACCGUUCAAGUGCCACAAAUACCACGAGGUCACACAAAAUAUAAACGGUACUGAGGAAUCGUUUUAUAAGAAUGCUUCAUGUCUGCCGGACGCUUUUGAUACGAAUUCAGAAGAAAGAUGUGAUCGGUGGAUUUUCGACGACAAAGAAAAGACUAUUGUGAAUGACUUUAACAUAAUGUGCGAAGAAAACAAAUGGAAACUGACGACAGUGGGAACAAUUAAUAGUAUAGGACAAUUCAUUGGAAUCCCUUUGGCUGGUUUCAUUUCAGACAAGUACGGUCGUAAGUUCAUUUUAAUCAUAGGAUCAGUGUCGUCAGCAAUCCUCGGAACUGCGAGAUCUUUCACUACAGAUUACUAUUCAUUUGUUUUAUUUGAACUUUUGGAUUCUGUUGCUUCCAGUGGAGUUUAUGCCGCAACAUUUGUAUUAGGCCUCGAGUUAGUUAGUCCAAAAGCUCGUGUAACUGUUAGUACUCUCAUGGGGUGUUUUUAUCCUAUGGGCGCAGUGCUAAUGGGUUUUGUUGCUUAUAUGGUACUCGACUGGAGGAUAAUGCUCAGGAUUCUUUAUAUACCCGGAUUACUUAUUUUGGGAUACUCGUGGUAUGUACCAGAGUCAAUGCGAUGGCUUCAAACACAAAAUCGAAUUGAGGAAAUGGCAGAAAUUUUAGCAAAAAUCGCUAAAUCGAAUGGAAAAACUAUGCCAGCUAGUGUGAAAGAAGCUUUAUUGACGAAUCCAAAGUCAAAUAAUAACCUCGGAAAUGGUGACGAUGAUGUUAAAUUAUCAUGUAGCACAUUGAUGAAAAAAAUUUUUAGUUCUAAAGAAAUAUUUUUGCGACUCAUUAAUUGCUCAUUUUGUUGGACUACUAUAACGUUAGUGUACUAUGGACUUUCAUUAACUUCUGUUGAGUUUUCGGGGAAUAAAUACUUAAACUUUAUGUUAGUGAAUGCAAUCGAAGUACCAGCGUUUUUAACAUCUUGGUACUUUAUGGAACGCUUUCCUCGGCGAAAUACACAAGCAUUCUCAUUCUUGUUUAGCGGCCUUGGUUGUAUUUUAGUUAAUGUUACACCUGAUGGUCAUUUAUGGUUGAAGUUACUAUUGUUCUUAGGGAGUAAAUAUGCAAUUACUAUGGCGUUUAACACUAUGUAUGUAUUUACAGCUGAAAUGUUCCCUACCGAAUUACGUAUGUCCCUGUUUGGUAUUACUUCAAUGUUUGGCCGUUUUGGUUCUAUGAUAGCACCUCAGAUGUCAUUACUGUCAGCAUAUUUUGGACAAUAUGUACCAAUAUUGUUGUUUGGUAUAAUAUCUUUUGUUGCUGGUGCUUUAGCAUUCUUAUUCCCAGAAACCAAGGAUCAAAAAUUACCUGACACGGUGAAACAAGCUGAAUUAGUUGGAGAAGUUUAGAUUGAAUAAUACUAAAACAUGCAUAACUUUUACACAUGUGGGAACUUGAUAUCCAACUAAAUUCGAUUAACUAAUACAAAUUACACAAUUAGUUAGCGAAUUAUAUGCAUAAACAGUGUUGAAUUGAGUGCCUUAACACAAAAUGUUUUUUUUUUUUUUUUUUUUUUUUUUUAAACUAUUUUCCAAGCCAUGUUAGUGGUGUUUACACUUACAUGUAAAUUUUUGUAUUUUUAUUAAUCGCUGACCCUUAAAAACCUUCCUAUGUAACUUAUGGUUAAAAUUCUAAAUGAAAACAAAUAAUUACCACAUUCAUAUUGUAUUUAUACAUGAAUGCUUUUCUGAUUAAUAGAUAUAUACUUGUAACAUAUUUUUAAUGAUAUUAUAAAACCCCAAUUUACCAUGUAUAUUGAUGUUAAUGUUAUGCAUAUAUAUUUAUAUAACAUAUUACUGGUGUAAGUAAUUAAGUCUCCUAUAUUUUUGAAAAAAUUCCAUUAUUUUUUUUUUUUUGUCCAGUUUAGGAUGUUUGUAUUUUUAAUUGUUGAAACUUCUGUGAUAUUUAAUUGUGUAGAAAAUACAUGAAUUUAAUAUUAGUUUUAUUUAAGUUUUACAUCAAAUUACGUGGUAUAAAUUGUAAUUUUGGUGCUAAAUGAAUAUUUUAAAGCAACAAGAUAAAACCUUGUUAUUGUUGAGCAAUAAUAGAAUCAUUUGUAUCAUUAACAUAUUAAAGCUAUUUACAAUUUUUUAAUGAAUUGUAUAAUUUAUAGUAUUUAUUAUUUACAGUAUUAAUUAUAAGAAAAAAAUGUAUUUAAUUGAUAAAUAAAUGUUGAAGUUCACAGAA